GCCGCCGCCGCUCGGGCCCGCUCUGGGCUUGGCGCCUGCGCAGUCAGGAGCGCGGGCAGAGGCGGGGAGGGGAGGGGCCGCUGAGGGCUUCGCUUCCCGCUCCUGCCCUGCCCGGUGGUAUCAUAUCUUUAUCCUAUCCUAUCUUAUCCUAUCCUAUCCUGAGAGCGGGAAGUGCCCGCGGAGCCCCGAGCUCAUGCUAAGCGCUGGCCGCUGCUGCGGGAGGUCGUGCUGUUGUUUCGUCCCCUCAGCCGGGGCUCCUCUGUGCCUUCCUGUGUUUGUUGGCGCCGGCGGAGAGAGAUGAGCAGGGAUCCCCGGGGCCGGGGGUGCGCCCGGGGCAGAGGCUUUCAGGGGUGGCGAGGAGGAUGGCGAGGAGGAUGGCGAGGAGGAUGGCGAGGCAGGGGACAGAAGGGAGAGAGCAAAAGGAUUCCCGAACCUGCAAAAUCUCGACUAGUCCAGUCAACGCUGGACCAGUUUAUUCCCUACAAGGGCUGGAAACUUUAUUUCUCUGAAGCUUAUAGUGACAAGUCUCCUUUUGUCCAGAAGACUCAAGCCUUUGAAAAGUUUUUCAUGCAACGCAUUGAGCUUUAUGACAAGGAUGAAAUAGAAAGAAAAGGAAGUAUUCUUGUGGAUUAUAAGGAACUAAUACAAGACAGAGAAUUGACUAAAUCAAUACCAAAUAUAUCUACAGAAUUAAGGGAUAUGCCUGAGAAAAUACUGCAGAGUAUGGGUCUGGCAAUUCACCAGGUGCUGACCAAGGACCUGGAAAGGCACGCUGCAGAGCUGCAGGUGCAGGAAGGAUUACCACUUGAGGGAGAACCUAUAAUAAAUGUGCCUCUCAUUCAUGCCAGGGUGUACAACUAUGACCCACUAACUCAGCUGAAGAACGUCCGGGCCAACUGCUACGGCAAAUACAUCGCCCUGCGCGGCACCGUUGUGCGUGUCAGCAACAUAAAGCCUCUGUGCACCAAGCUGGCUUUUGUGUGUGCCACAUGUGGAGAUGUUCAGAGUGUUCCUCUCCCUGAUGGAAAGUACACCCUUCCAACUAAGUGCCUUGUUCCUGAGUGCCGUGGCCGAUCCUUCACAGCUGACAGGAGCUCUCCUUUAACCACUACAGUGGACUGGCAGUCUGUUAAGGUGCAGGAGCUCAUGGCAGAUGAUCAGCGGGAAGCAGGACGGAUCCCUCGCACAAUCGAGUGUGAACUGGUUCAAGAUCUUGUGGACAGCUGUGUCCCAGGAGAUAUGGUCACGAUCACAGGGAUAGUAAAGGUGUCAAGCACUGAGGAAGGAGCUUCUAAAAAUAAGAAUGACAAGUGUAUGUUCUUGUUGUACAUUGAGGCAAAUUCUGUCAGCAACAGUAAAGGACAAAAACUAAAGAAUUUUGAUGAUGAGACUUUUCAAAGAUCAUUCAUGGAGUUUUCACUUAAAGACCUCUAUGCUGUCCAAGAAAUUCAAGCUGAGGAAAAUCUCUUCAGGCUCAUCGUAAACUCUCUUUGUCCUGCAAUCUAUGGCCACGAGAUUGUAAAGGCAGGUUUGGCCCUGGCGUUAUUUGGAGGAUGUCAGAAGUUUGUGGAUGACAAGAACAGAAUCCCAGUGCGAGGAGAUCCACAUGUUCUGGUUGUUGGAGAUCCAGGAUUAGGAAAGAGUCAAAUGUUGCAAGCAGUAUGUAAUGUUGCUCCUCGAGGUGUGUAUGUUUGUGGUAAUACUUCCACCAGCUCUGGCCUGACUGUUACACUGUCUAGAGAUGGCACUUCCGGAGAUUUUGCCUUGGAAGCUGGUGCUUUAGUGCUUGGAGAUCAAGGAAUUUGUGGAAUAGAUGAAUUCGAUAAGAUGGGAAACCAGCAUCAGGCUUUGUUGGAAGCCAUGGAACAGCAAAGCAUCAGCCUUGCCAAGGCUGGCAUUGUUUGCAGUUUGCCAGCUCGGACAUCCAUUGUUGCUGCAGCCAACCCAGUUGGAGGACAUUAUAACAAAGCCAAAACAGUGUCUGAGAACUUAAAAAUGGGGAGUGCUUUACUGUCAAGAUUUGAUCUGGUUUUCAUUCUGCUGGACACCCCCAAUGAAGACCACGACCACCUGCUGUCUGAGCAUGUGAUGGCGAUCCGGGCAGGGAAGCAGGCAGGGAGCAGCAGCGCCGUUGUGACCCGGACCAGCUCCCAGGACCGCUCUGUCCUUCAGGCUGUGUCUGACAGACCACUGCUUGAAAGGCUAAAGAUCUCAACAGGAGAAAACUUUGAUGCCAUUCCACAUCAGCUGCUGAGGAAAUAUGUGGGAUAUGCCCGGCAGUACGUUCAUCCAAAUUUAUCUCCAGAGGCUGCGCAGGUCCUCCAGGAAUUCUACCUUGAGCUCCGGAAGCAGAACCAGGGAGCAGACAGUACCCCCAUCACCACGAGGCAGCUGGAGUCGCUGAUUCGACUCACAGAGGCACGAUCAAGGCUGGAAUUAAGAGAGAAAUGUACCAAGGAAGAUGCUGAGGAUGUAAUAGAAAUAAUGAAAUACAGCAUGCUGGGAACCUACUCCGAUGAGUUUGGAAAGCUGGACUUUGAGCGUUCCCAGCACGGGUCUGGGAUGAGCAAUCGGUCUCAAGCAAAAAGAUUUAUUUCUGCCCUGAACAGCAUCGCAGAAAGAACCUACAACAACCUCUUCGACCUGCAGCAGCUUCGGCAGAUUGCAAAGGAGCUACAGAUACGGGUAUCUGAUUUUGAAAGCUUUAUUGGAUCCCUGAAUGACCAGGGUUAUCUUUUGAAAAAAGGUUCAAGAGUUUAUCAGCUUCAGACAAUGUGAAAAGAGUCACUGUGAUGAACUUCCCUGGGACAUGAUGGAUACACUGGACUGAUGGACCUGCAGCAGUGAGACACUGAACUGAACUGCAGCCUGGCACUGCUGGCACUGGGGCUGACUGAGGCUGAGAUUUCCCUACAGGAACUGAAGUGCCCCCAGGCUUGUUUUAAAGCUGCUCAGGACAAACUGACACAUGGUAUUGCUGCCUGACUCAUCCUGUAGGGUCUGCUUACCCAAAAGGGACUGUGUAGGACUAGAAUGCACCUCAUCAUCCUUGAGGAGUGGGAAGUGUGGGUUUACAUUGACAUUAUUACAGUGCCAGGACAGAGUUUACUUCUAAACCCAGAAAUCUUUCAUGAUGGUGUGAGAUGAUGGUGUGAGAUGUAUUUUCAGCACUGUAGUUCAUUAGGGGAAUUUAAAGUGUUGAAAUGUUUCAAAAAAGUUGGGAACCUUCAUGUUGAGACAACACUGUUUUUACAGCUAUUACCAAAUGGCACCUUUUUGAAACUGACUUCAUUUGCUGCUUUGAAGUUUGAUAUUUAUUGGUCUUUGAAGCCAAGAUUUAAUUUGAAAUGCAAGUCUGAUUGAAGAAAAUAUCCUUAUUACGGUAUUUAUUAUGUAAAACAGGAACUGGAUUUUGACUUUCACUAAACUUUAUAUAUGAGAAAUA